UAGUUGUGCAAAGUCCUUGUGGUAUUUGUUUUUGUAUCAAAGUUUCCACCCUAGCAAACCACAUUAGAAAUAGAAUAUUGUCUUUGAGCAACAGCAGCAAGCUGACCAUGGAAACCAAUGGCUCCACAAGGAAGACCACAUCAACAACAGAAUACCAGGACUUGUUGCCAGUUAUGGCAGAGAAGCUGGACGUGGAGAGCUUUGUGUCCGAGUUAUGCGGGGGUUUUCGGCUUCUGGCAGACCCCGGAAGAGGUUUGAUCACCCCGGAGAGCCUGAAGAAGAAUUCGGCGUAUCUCGGCAUGGAGGGAAUGAGCAAAGAGGACGCGGAGGCGAUGGUUGGGGAAGGAGAUCUUGAUGGAGAUGGUGCACUCAAUGAGACUGAGUUUUGUAUCCUGAUGGUGAGGCUGAGUCCUGAGAUGAUGGAAGAUGCUGAGACAUGGCUUGAGAAGGCUCUUGAUCAAGAAACUCAAAAGUCCUCAAGCACUUGAUUCUUGAAUUGCAGUAGCUGAGAAAACGAAAAAAUAUUUAUGAUCUCAAUCUGUUUUUUGCAACUUGGUUGCUGCAGGCUACGGUUAAUGAUGUUAUUAAAUUGUUGGAUUGGAUGUCAUGGUGUAAUUAAGAGGAGAAGAUCAAUGAUUAAGGGUUUGUUGUCCCA